ACCGUCAGCGCUCAGAGAGAUAGCAAAAGAGUGAGCGAGAGGCUCCGGUAGCCCCCCCUUGGGAAAACAAAAACACCGGAGCCAGAAAAUGCCUCACCGCCCAGCUGCGGACUCCCUUAAUGGGUUCAAAUGAUGCUUUCCAAACAGCGUGCAUGGUUUUAUUUGUUUAUUUUAGUAAAACAACAGCGCGUUCGUUCUCAGCCUGUUGUCGUUAGGUAGUUAGCUGGCUAGCCAUCGAUUUACGAGUGUUGUGGUUGUCAGCGUAACCGUUGCUUUAUAUUUUUUCUCCCUGGUCCGGCAAAGUGCCGUUAAAACUGGUGUCUGCGGUUUUUGUGCGUUUUUUCAUUCAGCAGAGAACACCGGGAAGCUGGAGCAAAAUAAGAAGAAUGGGUGCGUUCCUAGACAAGCCAAAGAUGGAGAAGCACAAUGCUCAUGGGGAGGGGAACGGCCUGCGCUAUGGACUUAGCAGCAUGCAGGGCUGGCGUGUGGAGAUGGAGGAUGCACACACAGCUGUGAUAGGUCUGCCUUACGGCCUCAGCCUUUGGUCUUUUUUUGCUGUGUACGAUGGACACGCAGGCUCUCAGGUUGCUCGGUAUUGCUGCGAGCAUCUGUUGGAGCACAUCACCAGCAACCCAGACUUCAGGGGAGCAGGUACGGAUACAGGAGGCGAGCCCUCCGUGGAAAACGUAAAGUCCGGAAUCCGCACUGGUUUUCUGCAGAUUGACGAGCACAUGCGGGCCAUGUCUGAACGCAAGCACGGGACGGACCGCAGCGGUUCCACGGCAGUGGGCGUCAUGAUGUCCCCUCAUCAUUUCUACUUCAUCAACUGUGGUGACUCCAGAGCCUUGCUGAGCCGCAAGGGACGCGUUCACUUCUUCACCCAGGACCACAAGCCCAGCAACCCCCUCGAAAAGGAGCGGAUCCUGAACGCGGGCGGUUCGGUCAUGAUCCAGCGGGUCAAUGGAUCUCUCGCCGUUUCGCGUGCUCUUGGUGACUUCGACUACAAGUGUGUGCAUGGGAAAGGGCCCACCGAGCAGCUGGUGUCCCCAGAACCUGAAGUCUAUGAGAUUGAACGCUCAGAGACGGAGGACGAAUUCGUGAUCCUGGCUUGCGAUGGCAUAUGGGACGUUAUGGCAAAUGAAGAACUAUGUGGUUUUGUGCGCUCACGUCUGGAGGUGACAGACGACCUGGAGAGAGUGUGUAAUGAGAUUGUGGACACUUGUUUGUACAAGGGUAGUCGCGACAACAUGAGUGUGGUUUUGGUAUGUUUUCCCGGUGCUCCGAAAAUCAACUCGGAAGCUGUGAAGAGAGAGGCGGAGCUGGAUAAGUACCUCCAGAACAGAGAAGGUGGAGCAUGUAAAAAAGCGAAUAAAUAAAAUGUACUGCAACGAUAAAGAGAGUUAGAGAAGUGAGCAUUCUUACAGAGUUAGGUGAGAUUGUUAGAUGGCAGUUUACGCUCGCUGAACGAGUAUAUAAUACGUUUCACGUAGUUAGGGUUUCCAAAUAACGAAUCCCCAUAUUGGAGAGGACAGACUCACUGGUACUAAACACAGUUAGCACAGGAUCCAUUUUAGAUCCAGGAGUCUAAAGAAACACUAUGAAUUUGAGUUUAUAUUGAGGAUUAGAGGCCUUGGAAUAUUUAUUGCCAAUGUUGAAAAGUACCUACACGAUUUAGGUAUAACCUGUAGCUUUACCAGAGGUUUUAUUUUAAUGCAUCCCAAAUCCAGUGCUCCAGUGCAUACUGUAUGCCAGUAUUGACGUAUUAUUAUUAGCUACUAAAUUAUGUUAAGUGCAAUUGUAGACUAUAGGAUAUAGGAUGGUUGAGUUGUGGAAACCCAACAUUUUGUUCUUCAUUAAAAGCUGCUAUAAGUAGAGGCAUCUUCUAUUAAUAAAAGAGACCAAAUUUGCGAGAAUACAAAUGUUUGUUCAAAGAGACAUGAUACGAAGUGCAGUAAUGCAUUUCGUUUGCGUCAGUUUGUCCUCAUGGCUUCGGAUAGUUCUAGUCCUCCAGUCGUACAAGCAUGUGUUCUGGCUCCUAUUCAUUAGCAUCUGAAAAAUGGCAGUCAUUAUAAAUGUGCGUGAAUGUCUGGGCUGCUGCUGAUUACCUGAAAUUGUAGCAGAAACUCUUUUUAUCAUACAUGGCCUGAUGAUGCAGAUGUCUACAGCAGCGUCAGUCGCCAUGAGGAUUUUCUUCUGCAUGAUUCCUGUUCUGUAGCCGUGUUAUGGAACAUCGCUGCCUUGGUCCUAAUUUACAGCGACUACCCUAAUUAGAAUUGAUAGGCUAGCAUUGGCACCGCAACUGCUUGAAAGAGUAAAAUUCAAUCCAGUGGAGACGUGGUACUCGAGCAUGCAAUGGACAGAUAGCACGAUAAGUUGUGUGCACCUCCUGCAUGUAUGCUACGUUAAAGUUAAGUAAAACCAGGGAGAGCUCUUAUUAAGAUGACAGAAGUUAUACUCUGUUGAGAAUUUGUACAGUAUACAUUUAUAACCCUUAAGGAAUAGCUUUCGUCUGAACUAAACACAGGUUUUGAAAAAUGGUGCCGAUGUUUUACAAUGCUUUCCGAGUUUACUACUUGUUGCCUCAAACUGACAAUUUGUCAAUCCUCUGGUUUGCCUAUGUGACUAUAGAGUAAAACAAAUUCCCUUUUGGUGCAUAGAGUUGGAUUUAGGCAGUCAGUACUUUUUUUGUCAGUACUACGAUUUAACAUUGAUUUUGGCAACAAAAUUUGGCGAAGGCUUUUUUCUUUACUGCCAUACCUUGAAGAUUGUGAAAGUUCAUUGAUUUUUAUUUGAAUCCACCAAACUUGGUAAUACGUAAUGUGAAAACAGAAAUCGAUUGACUUCUUUUAUCUAAAUUCCCCCUUAUAAUUGAAAGCUCCAACAACUUCCUAGCAUGUAUUUUAAAGAUAUGUUUUAGCUUUAAGAUGUGUUAAACUGAAUGAAAAAACUGUGCCUGCUCUAAGAGAGAAGUAUUGAGACUAAAAUGAUUGUAAGUCACUUCAGUACCAUAUCAGUUUCAUAUGCUUGGGUUUGCUGUCGUGUCUCCUCACUGUUUGACAUCUUUAGCUUGAAAAGAUAAUCCACUGUUUAUUAAAUUAGCCUUAAUUAUUUUCUUCCAAAAUAACACAUUUUACAUUUGCAUAAUUUACAAGACGCGUUGUGUUUAUAUACCUACAACAAGCAAGUAGGUUCUUUUGGGAGAGCCUGUAAUUGUGCCUAUGAUCGUGAUUCUAUGGCCAAUUGUAGCAUUUAACUUGACUUUUCGGUCAUCUGACGUUUUAGUUGUUUGUUUGUUUGUUCUUUUAAUGGCAUAUGUACAUACAUUCAUGAUUUUAAGCAAAAUGGGUCCAAGCACACUUUGUCCGGGCAAGUUACAUAAACUUCACUUAAAUUAUCGCUGCGCAAAGCACAACUCAAACCCCCAAUAAGUCAACCAUUGGGUGGGACUCUUUACAGAAAUAUUGCCUUCCUGAUAAACAAGACCGGCAUUAUCUGCCUUGUAUAGAAGGUUGCCUUGUUUUCAGGUAGUUUCCUGGAGACACUGUAGCACCACUGAAUCGGGAUAAACAUAAGAAUAGUAAACACGUCUGUCUGUCUUUCUACAAAUUUUUUGACUCAUUGGCAUGUCAGUAACCAGCCGGCAAAUAAAGCAGGCUUUUGUAACAUGUGUAUUCAAAAUGUAUCUGGAGUAUUAAUAGCAAACAUGGCCCUCGUAUUGUCAAAUAAUUGUGCUGUGUUGUAUUGUGAUGUAGGUUCCUACAUUUUACUUUACCUCUCAGGUCCAAACUGACAAGCAACAGAGGACACUAUUUAUUUUAAUUAUUUAUUGCCUUUAUAUUUUACCUCUAGACAAAACUGUCCAUGCAUUCCAUUUUAUUUAGCCAAAUAAGCACUACUAAUGCAAUUAAAAGCUUUUCUUCUUUUUUCCUUGUAUUUAUUGUUAUUUGUGAGUUAAACAACCGUGUCAUUAUUGGUCCAUGUUACCUGAAAGUUAUGUGAGGUUAAAUAACAUUACGUAGUUUCUAAACCUUCAGAAGUCAAACACAUCUCACUGUUCUGUCAGUUGAUUGGUUGAGUUGAUUGGUCCAAGGUUGAUGAUGUUUAAGGUUACAAUCUAUGAUUGGUCCUUUCUUAUCCCAGCAGACUGUUUGUGUCUGUACGUUGUUCAAUUUUACCUCUCAGAAGGUAACUGUUUUAUAAAGCUCAUUUUAAAAGAUUUUUCAAAUACUAUUUCAUAGAAAAGUAUUUCAAUAUUAGAGGGUGAGCACCCAGUAUUUUAUUUCUUUAGUUUUUAUUUUUGUACAUUAGCACCCGGGUAUUGGCAAUGUAGACAAACUGUGAUCUUGUCAUUCUUGGCUGUCAAAGAUGAUUCAAAUAAAAUUAUUUACGAAAACUCA